GAGCGGCAAACGAACUCAGAACGUUGCCGCUGCGCAAACGCAAAGCACGCGAUAUACACACACCCAGUACACACGCACACACACGCACAGGCACACCCACACACCGCCUACACACGCGCACAGCGCCACGCCCACGCCGCCGAAACGCCCAUGCAAGCCGGCUUGCAGCAUAUUUUUUUGCUCAAUUUUCCAAAUCAACCUCCCAAGUGUAUAGAACAAUUUUGAAAUUUCUUAAAAAUCGAAUUAAAAUUUCACGUUUUUUUUUAAGUUUCUCUUGUUAAUUCCUGUGUGUGCGUGAAAAAUUUUAAGUGCCUACAAGUCUGCGGAUUGCAACGUAAAUUACGCACAAAUAUUCAGGCAUCUGGAAAUCUGAGAAACUGCAAAUCUGAAAAUCUGGCAUGGGGUUGCGACGACACUUGACAGCCGCCCGAAUGGGCGUAUUGCCAGUGGGCGUGCUGGGACUGGUGGUGCUGCAACUGGUGGCAACGGUGCGCGGACACGGGCGACUGAUGGAUCCGCCGGCCAGGAAUGCCAUGUGGCGCUUUGGCUAUCCCAAUCCGGUCAACUACAAUGACAACGAGCUCUUCUGCGGCGGCUAUGCGGUGCAAUGGGAGCAGAAUAAGGGACGCUGUGGCGUCUGCGGCGAUGCCUAUCAUGUGAAGUCGCCGCGACCCCACGAGGCGGGCGGCCAAUACGCCAAGGGCAUCAUCUCGCGCUACUACACCGCCGGCCAGACCAUCGAUGUGGAGGUGGAACUGACGGCCAAUCAUUAUGGCCGCUUCGAGAUGUUCCUCUGCCCCAACAAUAAUCCGCGACAGGAGGCGACGCAGAAGUGCUUCGAUCGCUAUCCAUUACUGAUUUCGGGCAGUCGGGAGCACCGGUAUCUCAUACCGCGCGAUGCCAAAAAGAAGGAUAUAUUCCGAUACAAGGUGCGCCUGCCGCCAUAUGUCACCUGCACGCAGUGCGUCCUGCAGUGGACCUACUACACCGCCAACAUGUGGGGCACCUGUGCCAAUGGCACCGAGGCCGUGGGCUGCGGCAAGGCAGAGACCUUCCGGAACUGUGCGGAUGUGGCGAUUGUCUCGAACACCGGCGGUGGUGUGCCACCGCUUUUCGUGAACAAUAAGUCGCCAUAUCUGCUGUACUAUCGGGAUUAUCGGGCUCCGGCGGACAACAACAUCUUUCCACUUAUUGUGCGCGACCAGAAGUGCAUAGGUGCCCCAGCCUUUCGCACAUUGCCGGGCAUCGACAACUGGUGCGAGAUCAACUGCCUGCGCUAUCCGCCCAAUUGUCCGGAGGACGCCUGCCAGUGUCCUCAGGAGUGCGUGGCCAUUGGCGAGUAUGCUGGCCAGGAAGGAGCCGACACCUACUGCAUGGACAAGUGCCUCAACUACGAAUCGGAGUGCCCACCGGACAGAUGCCGCUGCUACUAGUCCGGCUGCCAAACGACACCAUCACCACACCGGAUUGCGUGACACAGCUGUGCUGCCCACCCAUUGCCCCAUGCGAAGGAUGACGUUGUGAACGGACGCAAGAUCCAAUGAAUUGAAUUUAAUCGAACACAA